UGAUGAGUCCCGAUCUCUCUUUUUCUUCCCUCCUCCUUUCUCUUCCUUUUCUUCCUUCCUUUAAAAGGCAGCCCUGCCGGGCGGGACGAAACACAACUCCCUUUGGGACACAAGCAAAAAAAUCUUCACACAGGAGUGACCGCUUGACCGCUUGGCGAUGUCCAGUGGGGCGGAGGAUGUUGUGGUGCCCUUCCGGGGGGAGCGGCUGACCUUUGGCCCGGGGGACUACGGGGUCUUUGCCCUGAUGCUGGCGGUCUCCACGGCCAUCGGCCUCUUCCAGGCCCUGCGGGGGCCACCCCAGGGGCCUCCCAAGGGCUCCUCCUCCACCCCGGGCACCACCGCCACGGCCACGGAGGAGUUCUUCACGGGCGGGCGGCGCAUGCCGGCGGUGCCGGUGGGCCUGUCUCUCUCGGCCAGCUUCAUGUCGGCCAUCCAGGUGCUGGGGGUCCCGGCCGAGGCCCACCGCUACGGCCUCAAGUUCCUGUGGAUGUGCCUGGCCCAGGCCCUCAACGCCCUCCUCACCGCCACCCUCUUCCUCCCCGCCUUCUACCGACUCGGCCUCACCAGCACCUACCAGUAUCUGGAGAUGCGGUUCUCCAAGAAGGUCCGGCUCUGCGGGACCGUCCAGUACGUCCUGGCCACGAUGCUGUACACAGGGAUCGUCAUUUACGCUCCGGCCCUGAUCCUCAACCAAGUGACCGGUCUGGACAUCUGGGCCUCCCUGCUCUCCACCGGCAUCAUCUGCACCUUCUACACCACCAUCGGCGGGAUGAAGGCGGUGAUCUGGACGGACGUCUUCCAGGUUCUGGUGAUGCUCUCGGGCUUCGUGGCCAUCCUCAUCCGCGGGACACUCCUGGUCGGCGGGCCCGGCCGAGUCCUGGACAUCGCCCACAACGGAUCCCGGGUCAACCCGGCCGACUUCGACCUGGACCCGCGCAGCCGCUACACGUUCUGGACGUUCCUUGUGGGGGGGACGCUGGUCUGGCUGUCCAUGUAUGGCGUGAACCAGGCCCAGGUCCAGCGAUACGUGGCCUGCAAGACCGAGAGGCAGGCCCAGCUGGCCCUCCUGGUGAACCAGCUGAGCCUCUUUGUCAUCGUGGGCUGUGCCGUCGGCUGCGGGGUCGUGAUGUUUGCCCUCUACAAGGACUGCGACCCCCUCCUCGCCGGACACAUCUCCGCCCCAGACCAGUACAUGCCGUACUUGGUGCUGGACAUCUUUGAGCCCUUCCCGGGCGUCCCGGGACUCUUCCUGGCCUGUGCCUACAGCGGGACCCUCAGCACGGCCUCCACCAGCAUCAACGCCAUGGCCGCCGUCACCGUGGAGGACCUCGUCAAGCCCAACCUGCCCAACCUCUCGCCGCGAAAGCUCACCCUCGUCUCCAAAGGACUCUCGCUGAUUUACGGCACGUCCUGCAUCACGGUGGCCGCCCUGUCCUCCUUGCUGGGCGGAGGGGUGCUCCAGGGCUCCUUCACGGUCAUGGGGGUCAUCAGCGGGCCACUCCUGGGCGCCUUCGUCCUGGGCAUGUUCGUCCCUGUUUGCAACACCCUGGGGGUCUUCUGCGGCCUGGGGGCCGGAUUCGGACUGUCCCUGUGGGUGGCCGUGGGGGGCACCCUCUACCCGCCCAGUCCGGCCACCAUGGGCGUCCUGCCUUCCUUCGGACACUUCUGCCCGCUCUACAACGCCUCCCACGGCCACAACGCCACCAUACACUUCGGACCGCUGACCCACACGGACAAUGGCCCGGGAGACCCAGAGAGUUCGGCCAUGCUGGACGACUUCUAUGCCAUCUCGUACCUCUACUACGGGGCGCUGGGCACCCUCUCCACCAUCGUUGUCGGGGUCUUGACCAGCUACCUCAAAGGGCCAGCGAAAGGCAGCGAGAAGCGUCCCAGAAUGCUCUGGUGGGACAUCAUGAAACGGACACCCGCCACUCAUGAUUCUGACUUUCCCGAUGACCUCAAGGAACCCUUGGGCAAGGACCCCGACCGGCGUGUGGAGGAGGCCCGAACGGAGGGGGACGAUGGGCCGGCGGACCCCCCGCCCGCCGAGAGCAGGAAGACCCUCAUCCUGGGCAAGGAGGGGUCCGAGGAGGAGGAGGAGGAGGAGGCGGCGCCGCUCUGCGCCUGGGACCCCGGGUGCUUCCUCCGCCUCAGGGAGACCGACGUCUAGGGCUGGGCCUCGCCCUUCUCCCCGCUAUUUGUUUAUCUAUCUGUAGCUACAUAUGGGGGGCGAGCUCCCGCCCGUCAGCCCUAGCUUUCCCAGCGGAGUCGGGUAGGUAAAUAGGUACCGCGAGGAGUCCGCGAUCCGCGGCAGCUUCCGGCGACACGGGAGGCAAAACUUUCCGACCCGUUUUUUGAGGGGCGGAGAACAGGGUACAUUGUUGUUGUUGUUUUUAAAAUAUAUAUACAUAUACAUAUAUAAGUGUAAAUAAAUAAAUAAAUAUUAAUUAAAUAAUAAUAACAACAA